AUGCCAAAAGCUGGUGUUUUCGGGUUUAGGGGUUACAGGAACAUAAUGAUUAUGUGCNUACGAUUUGCAACAAAAUAUGCUGCUGACAAAGCUCUGAAGGAAAAAUCUGGAUAUGUGCUGGAUGGGAAGAAAAUCGGGGUUCGCCCCUCAGUUGAGCAGGACACUUUAUUUCUUGGAAAUCUUAACAAAGGUUGGGGUGGCGAGGAAUUUGAGAGUAUUGUGCGCCAGGCUUUUCCAGAUAUUGUAUCUGUUGAUCUUGCACUUCUUGGAGAUGUCCAACCUGGUCAGAAGCAACGGAAUCGGGGUUUUGCUUUCGUGAAAUUCUCAUCUCAUGCUGCUGCGGCUCGUGCUUUUCGGGUAGGCUCCCAAUCUGAUUUUCUCAUUGAUGGCAAGUUACAUCCAUCUGUACAGUGGGCUGAGGAACCUGAUCCCAAUGAACUUGCUCAGAUCAAAGCAGCCUUCGUUAGAAACUUACCUCCUGGUGCUGAUGAAGAUUACUUAAAGAAGCUCUUUCAGCCCUUUGGCAAUGUAGAGAGGAUAGCCCUAUCCAGGAAAGGUAGCUCCACCAUUGGAUUCGUUUACUUCGAUAAGCGAUCUGUAAGUUUAGCCGCUGUCAUUGUUAGUAUGAGUUUGACUUUCUUUCUUGGAGUUGAUCAAUUUGGCAUUUGUGUGCAAGUCCCUUCAACUUGUGGAUGUUCCUGCUCCAGUUACUAAUUUCACUCUCCCCUGUAAUUUUGGUGAAUGCUACUUUUUUUUGUCCUCUGGCAACUUUUAGGUGCAAAUCAUUGAUUUCUUAUAUUCAUGUAUAUCAAAUGUGAAAUUAUUUUAAUGUCUGAUUAUAAUGUCUUCAAAAUAAAAAACCUAGAACAAAUAAACAAAUUAACUAUUUUGAAUUUCAAAUUUGGGUUAAACUCCUCCAGAAUGUGUUAUUCAACACCUAAUGAUUGAACAUUUUCAGUUUCCAGAGAUGGAGCACUGGUAUAUUGAGCCAUUUUUUAGUGCUGGCUAUUUGGCGAUUGAGAUAACCAAGUGUAUAUGUUCAAGUUCUUUGUUUUAAAAUAGUACCAAACCCGAGCAAUUUCCUAGAAGUAUUUGUGGUACAACUUUAAUCGAUCUAAGAAAGUUUUUUCACCCCCUUGCUUCCGGGGGAAAGUAUAAUGUGGAAAGAAACAAAUUUAGCUUCUUUGAUCCAGAUAGCAGAUCCUUCCUUUGCCUUAUUUUUCUUCAUAUUAAGUUAAAUGACAUUGUGCCAUUGAACUAAAUUUUACUUUUCUUUUGAGGACCGGUUGUUUUCUUAAUCAAGAAGUCAUCUUAUAGCCCGCAAAAGUUUGUCAGUGUCGACUUGAUCAAUAUUAAUUUGUCAGUUUCGUUUGGUCAUUCAAAUUUAAGAUGAAAUUAUUGUUCCUUUUAUUUUUGUUAUGUAGUUAGAAAUUUUGAUUUCUUUUCAAUAGCUUGCAGUAAAGUAGUUGAGUGCUUUUCAAAUCAAUAUAACAACAACAACAACUACACCUCAGUCCCAAACAAGCCGGGGUCGUCUAAAGAUCCUCACUGACCAUGUUACUCAAUUUAAACUCAUCUCAUGCCAAUGUUAUGCAAGUACAAUGUUUUUAAAACAAAAAAAAAGGUAAUAAAAGAGUUCUUAGUAUUUUUAAGUGCAUUUAUUUUAUUAAAAUGAUCAUCUGUCUUCAUUGUCAACUCUUCGAUAUGAUACAAAAAUAACCCAUUGAAGCUCUUUG